GGAGCUUAGAUUUGUUAGUAGUCUGUCUUGGUGCUGAAAUCUGAAGCAAUAAUGGGUUAUAGGACCAUGGUGAUGUACAUGGAGAUAGGCUGCUUUGUAGUAUGUGUGUGUGGAUGGAUUCUGGUCUGCUCCACAAUGCCAACAGAUAUCUGGACUUGGUCUGAAGUCAGCAACGUGGUCCUGGCAACAUCAAACUACUACUCCAACCUGUGGAAGGACUGCAUAUCUGAUUCAACUGGAGUAUCUGACUGCAAGGGAAUUCCCUCCAUGCUGGCACUGAACUGGGACAUUCACAUGUGCCGGGCUCUUAUCAUCAUCUGUAUUAUCCUGUGUUUCUUCGGAUCAAUUUUGGUCUUAGUUGGAAUGAAGUGCACUAAGAUCGGAGGGUCCGAGCUUGCCAAUGCAAGAGUAACCUUUGCCGGAGGGAUGAACUACCUUAUAGGAGGGAUGUGUUCUAUGAUUGCUUACUCCUACUAUGGAAACAAAAUAAGAGCUGAAUUUGAAGAUCCAAACUACAUGGAACAGAAGUUUGAAAUAGGAGUAGGUGUCUUCAUUGGCUGGGGAGGCUCUACCUUACUUAUUGUUGGAGGACUUAUUUACAGUAUCUUUGCAGGAAGAGAAGGGUGUCACUCAAGCUCAAAGAGGUACGCUACGCACCAGUUCCAAGAUGCCUACACAUUUGUUCCAACACAAAAAAGCGUUGUGUCUUUGGCUCCCACAGAGAUUAGUAGGAGUAAAAAACCAAGGACGAUCAGCAGCAGCAGAGCCAGUAGCAUCUCAGAGAUCAACAGUGUCACCAAGACAUCGGUCACUUAUUCAUAUGUGUGACUAACCUACACAGAAUUAUUUUCUUUAUGUUUUUCUUUCACAAAGAAUGUGUGUUUUUACUUUGAGAGUCAGUAAAUGUCAAAUCAAGUAUUUGUCUUUACAACACUUUUGUGAUUAUGAAACCAAAGGUGUUACUAAUAAUAAUACGGGCAUCCUGAAAGAAUGGAAUUUUUUUUUAUUGAUGGCAACACAGCUUCAAGCUACUUCUGAGAGCUGUUUAAGUUUUCAACUGUGACAUGACAGGACAUGACAUAUUUACUACAUUCGUU